UAAAAAUUUUGUUUACUGCAGCUACGAACCGCGAUACAAUUUGACGCCUUUCAAGAGAAAAUAUCUUUACCAUCUCGACCUUCCGAUACUGAACAUAUGGUUUUAAUUACUGGCUGGGGAAUGUUCGAAAAUCCGUCAAAUUCUCUUGCUUCUCCAACUUUGAGAGUAGCGAUGGGAAUGAUUUUAGAUAAUUAUGAUUGUUCAUCGAGAGUUCAAUACACAAUUGCUGAACAUCAGUUAUGUACAAUUGACACGUAUGGAACGGGUGUUUGUAUUAAUGACGGUGGUGGAUCAAUUGUUAGUAAUGGAGUAAUUUAUGGUAUUAUUUCAUAUUCUCUUAAUAACGUUGGAGGAUUUCCAGAUGUGCAUACCAAAGUUUAUUAUUAUUUGGAUUUCAUAAGAAAUCAUAUGACAGAAUAAUUUAUGUAGACGAUCAUUUUAUAUAAAAUAAAUAUAAAUUUUUUAAAUUUG